AUGGCCUUGGAUAAAAUGGAAGAUCUGAGUCUGCAAGAGAUAGUGAGCAGCGCUGAGACAAAUGAAGUGGAAGGUGUUACCUUAACAAAAAUAAUAUGCAGCAUAUGGGACCAAGUUUGGAACUUCAGAGCCAGACCUGAUGAUCUGCUCAUUGCAACCUAUGCAAAAGCAGGUACCACGUGGACCCAGGAAAUAGUGGAUAUGAUUCAAAACAAUGGAGAUAUGCAGAAGUGUAGACGUGCCAGUACUUACAAACGGCAUCCUUUCCUUGAGUGGUGUAUCCCAAAGUCUUCGAUUCAGAGUUACUCAGGCCUGGAAUUAGCUGAAGCUAUGCCUUCUCCACGAACACUAAAAACUCAUCUCCCUGUGCAACUGGUACCCCCCUCCUUCUGGAAACAAAACUGUAAGAUAAUCUACAUGGCAAGAAAUGCCAAAGACAACCUGGUGUCAUACUACCAUUUCCACAGAAUGAAUAAAAUAAUGCCUGAUCCAGGAACCUGGGAGGAAUUUGUGGAGAAAUUCAUGUCCGGAAAAGUGCUCUGGGGGUCCUGGUAUGAUCAUGUAAAAGGAUGGUGGAAGGCAAAAGACAAGCACCGUAUUCUCUACCUAUUCUAUGAAGAUAUGAAGGAGAAUCCAAAGCGUGAAAUUCAAAAGAUUCUGAAGUUUCUGGAGAAGGAUGUAGAAAAUGAGGUUCUAAGCCAGAUAGUCCAUCACACUACGUUUGAGACAAUGAAGGAAAACCCCAUGGCAAACUACACUAAAGAUUUUGAGGGAAUAAUGGAUCACUCCAUUUCCCCUUUCAUGAGAAAAGGGGCUGUUGGGGACUGGAAGAAUUAUUUCACUGUGGCACAGAACGAGAAGUUUGAUGAAGAUUAUAAGAAGAAAAUGGCUGAUACCUCUCUUGUUUUUCGCACGGAACUCUGA